AUGGUACUCCCGCAAGCACCAAAACCCACGCAAAACACCACAAACCGGACCCGGAGCGAACCUCAAGAGCUACCUCGCGCGCACGAACCGACCAUCUCUUUCCAGCAGACUCCCUAUCUAUUGGACCAGCCAUUAUGGUGCCGCCACACCAUCACGAGCUGCGCUCAGACCACGACGACACCCUCCUCUGGUCGCACUCUCGACAACCAACUUCACAUAACACCAUUCCCCCCACUCUUCCAGCAGAACACAAACGUCUCCCGUUGGAACGCUGGCAGGCUGCAGCGGGAUCCUAGUCAGCAGCCCCAUGGCUCGCGGCCACGCCGGACAAAGCGGCGUUGGUCCUGGAUCAUGGGAGACAUUGUGUACAUCUACACCUCUGUCCGUCCUGAACCGGUACCGCAAGUGGGCUUGGCGCUUGCAGGCUCAUUGCUGAGAUGUCGCUUUCGAUUACUGUAA